GAUACGCGCUCACGUGGGGCUUGUCACUGUGAGUUGUUCUGAGGAGACCUUUGGUUUUUGAUCAUUUUGUUUCUUCAAGGACGUGCCUCCAGAGGCCUCCAGGUGUCUCCAGUGUCCACCAGGCUUCCCUAUGUAGGCUUCCCCUUGAUAGUUACACACAUGUAAUGCAGAUGAGAUGUAUUAGAUGUAUUCAGCCAGGCGAACUCAGGCUCGCUUGAGUUCUGACAGGUGCAAUGUACCCUGCAUGUACCAAGCCCUACCAAGCCUCUAAGAGUUCUCUGCGGUCGCCUAUUUAGUGUGAACCCUUGUGUGCCUACAUGAGAUUUGAGUCUAUAAAAGUAGGCCAGGUUGGUGUGUCCGCUGUACGUCCCAGUCCCCCAAACCAGUUGCAACCAUGAGGUACGGAUCAUUUUUACUUGUGUUUGGAUUUUCGAACCAACGUCGAUGACUUCUAGCGUUGUUGACAAGAACCCGAUUAUGGAAUCGAUUGCUGAUUGGGCGGACUACAAAUCAGCAGAGAUAAAGGCAGCAUAUGACCAGAAGGGCGGAUGGGAAGGUUGGGUUCAAGUAGAGCUCGCUCGCCACCUCCAACAAUACUUUGGUCACGAGGGAGUCGCUGAGGUCACUCGCGAAGAAUACGUCUACAAUGGCACCGACCAGAGAUCCGACCUCUUAAUCACCACAACAAAAACAAAUGGUGAUGCCUUCACCAAUAUGUUCGAGCUCAAGUGCGAGAGCUCCGGAAACUCUGGCAAGUUCAGGACAGAAGUUAAAGCAGACUGUGCCAAAAUCAAUAACGGCGUCUGGAACGCCAAAUAUAAUCCUUGCAAAGCGUGGAUUGUCGCGUUCGGCGUCUCGAAGACUGUAGGAGAUUUUGUGGUGGGCGGUGCUAAUCUGAAGGAAUAUCAUAGGAAGAUUCAGGCUGGAGGAACACAGAUAACACUUUGGUGGGGGACAAGGUCAUGAAAGAUGAAU